GUCUUUUCCAGCUCCGCUUAUCGCAGCAGAAUUUGUAACGUGCCAUAAUUUCCUCACCGGUGUGUGUGCGCGAGCCAGAGCGUCUGUAUGUGUGUGUGUGAGUGUGAGAGAGUGUGUGUUUGUGUAAGCCCCGGAAAUCAGAUGUCAUUACCCGACGCGGCUAAUUUGGCGAUUAUUCCCAUCAGUCUUUGGCUCGUGGACAAUGCGCGUGGAAGGGACCAGCCGCACCUUCCCUAUCGGAUCCGUUUUUGCGCUUCUUUGCCCUGAAGAAGAAGAAGAAGAAGCCUCCUAGGAUUGUCCGCUUCAUGGUUGCCACAGCUCGAGACUGCAGUUGUCAUUGAUCCGCUGCCAGCCUCUCAUAGUGAAGGAAUACAUUUGCCAAGAUGAUGUGCGAGGUGAUGCCCACCAUCAGCGAGGACACCGCGCUGAAUCAGCGCGGCUCGCAGAGCAGCUCCUCGGACCCGGACUCCCACUUUGAGCAGCUGAUGGUCAACAUGUUGGACGAGAGGGACCGGCUUCUGGACACUCUGAGGGAGACCCAGGAGAGCCUCGGCAUUUCCCAGCAGCACCUUCAGGACGUCAUCUACGACCGGGACUCUCUGCAGCGCCAGCUCAGCUCCGCCCUGCCACAGGAGUUCGCUGCGCUGACAAAGGAGCUGAACGCCUGCAGGGAGCAGCUGCUGGAGAAGGAGGAGGAGAUCUCGGAGCUCAAAGCCGAGAGGAACAACACCAGGCUUCUGUUGGAGCAUCUGGAGUGUUUGGUGUCCCGACAUGAGCGGUCUCUUCGAAUGACGGUGGUCAAGCGUCAGGCUCAGUCUCCCUCGGGAGUGUCCAGUGAGGUCGAGGUCCUUAAAGCGCUCAAGUCCCUUUUUGAACACCAUAAAGCCCUCGAUGAGAAGGUACGAGAGAGACUACGAGUGUCACUGGAGAGGGUUUCCGCCUUGGAGGAGGAGCUCACAGCAGCCAAUCAGGAGAUUGUGGCCUUACGGGAACAAAAUGCCCACAUUCAGAGGAAAGUGGCGUCUGGAGAUGGAGGAGAGGACUUACUGGAGGGCACUGAGACUCAGCAGAAGGUCCACAGCAAGCGUCUGUCCAACGGCUCCCUGGAGUCGGCCCACGAGGCGAGCCAGGUGGUGGAGCUGCAGGACCUGCUGGAGAAGCAGAACUACGAGCUGGCCCAGAUGAAGGACCGCAUGUCCUCCCUCUCCUCCCGCGUCUCCGAGGUGGAGCUGGAGCUGGAGACCGCCCGCAAGGACCUCAUCAAGUCCGAGGAGAUGAACAACAAGUACCAGAGGGACAUCAAAGAGGCCAUGUGUCAGAAGGAGGACAUGGAGGAACGGAUCGUGACGUUGGAAAAACGUUACCUGAGCGCUCAGCGGGAGUCCACGUCGGUGCACGACAUCAACGACAAGCUGGAGAACGAGCUGGCCAAUAAGGAGGCGUUCCUCAGACAGAUGGAGGAGAAGAACAGGCAGCUACAGGAGAGGCUGGAGCUGGCCGAGCAGAAGCUGCAGCAGACCAUGAGGAAGGCCGAAACUCUGCCGGAGGUGGAAGCUGAACUGGCUCAGAGGAUAGCAGCCCUCACAAAGGCGGAGGAGCGUCAUGGGAGCAUCGAGGAGCGAAUGAGGCACUUGGAGUGCCAGCUGGAGGAGAAGAACCAGGAGCUGCUGCGGGCCCGACAGAGAGAAAAGAUGAAUGAAGAGCACAACAAGCGUCUGUCAGACACAGUGGACAGACUCCUCACAGAGUCCAACGAGAGACUCCAGCUCCACCUGAAGGAGAGGAUGUCAGCCCUAGAAGAAAAGAAUUUACUCAUCCAAGACUCUGAAAGCUACAGGAAACAGUACGAGGACUCCAUCCAUGAAAAAUCACAUCUGGCGGAGGAGAUUGACAAACUGAGGUCAGAGCUGGACCAGUUCAGAUUGAGGGCAGGCUCCCUCACCGAGCCGACGCUGUCACGGUCUCAUCUGGACACGUCAACCGAGCUCAGGUUCUCGUUGGGAUCUCUGGCUGAAACCCAGUCGGACCAUUACCGCUCAGCUAAAGUCAUCCGGCGACCGAGGAGGGGACGGGUAGGUCUGCGAGAACCAAAGGCCAAAUCUUUAGGCGAGCAUGAAUGGCGUUCUCAGCAGCUGGGGGUUCUUGGAGGUCACCACUUCGAAAGCGACACAGAGAUGUCGGACAUCGACGACGACGACAGGGAAACGCUGUUCAGCUCCAUGGACCUGCUGUCGCCCGGCGGCCACUCUGACGCACAAACUCUGGCCAUGAUGCUUCAAGAGCAGCUGGACGCCAUCAACAAGGAGAUCCGGCUGAUCCAGGAGGAGAAGGAGUCCACAGAGCUACGGGCGGAGGAGAUCGAGAACCGCGUAGCCAGCGUCAGCCUGGAGGGGCUCAACCUGGCUCGAAUGCACCACCACGGGGCCUCUAUCACUGCCUCGGCCACCGCCUCCUCCCUGGCCUCCUCCUCCCCACCCAGCGGACACUCCACUCCCAAACUGGAUCCUCGGAGUCCUGCACGAGAUAUGGAGCGCAUGGGGGUCAUGACGCUGCCCAGUGAUCUGAGGAAACACAGGAGAAAGAUUGCAGCGGUGGAUGAGGACGGCCGUGAGGACAAGGCCACCAUCAAGUGUGAGACUUCCCCCCCUGCGACGCCACGCACAGUCCGAAUGACACACACACUGCCAGCCUCCUCGCACAAUGACGCACGAGGGAUCGUGGCCUCUCUGGAGGCUGAGGCCAGCGCUCUGAGCAGCGUAGCCAGCAGCCAGGACUCCCUCCACAAACAGCCCAAGAAGAAGGGAAUCAAAUCCUCCAUCGGACGGCUCUUUGGAAAGAAGGAGAAAGGCCGACUGGCACAUCUAGCACACAGACAGGUCAUGGUAGAUCCACACGCCACCAUGAUGGACGCAGACAUGGCGGGCCAGGACAUGGGGGUGGGCAAGCUGGGGACUCAGGCUGAGAAGGACCGCAGGUUGAAAAAGAAACACGAGCUGUUAGAGGAGGCCAGGAGAAAGGGUUUACCUUUCGCCCAAUGGGACGGUCCCACUGUUGUAGCCUGGCUGGAGCUGUGGUUGGGGAUGCCGGCCUGGUACGUGGCGGCGUGUCGCGCCAACGUGAAGAGCGGCGCCAUCAUGUCGGCUCUCUCUGACACAGAGAUUCAGCGGGAAAUUGGCAUCAGUAACCCGCUGCACCGGCUCAAGCUCCGCCUGGCCAUCCAGGAGAUGGUGUCGCUCACCAGCCCCUCGGCCCCGCCCACCUCCAGAACCCCGUCAGGCAAUGUGUGGGUGACCCAUGAGGAGAUGGAGACCAUGGCAGCCCCUUCCAAAACGAAGUCACAGUCUGAAGAGGGGAGCUGGGCGCAGACUCUAGCUUAUGGCGACAUGAACCAUGAGUGGAUCGGGAACGAGUGGCUGCCCAGUCUAGGACUACCUCAGUACCGCAGCUACUUCAUGGAGUGCCUGGUGGACGCUCGCAUGCUGGACCACCUCACCAAGAAGGACCUGAGAGUGCACCUCAAGAUGGUGGACAGCUUCCACAGAACAAGUUUACAGUACGGCAUCAUGUGUCUGAAGAAGCUCAACUACGACAGGAAAGAGCUGGAGAGACGCAGGGAGCACAGCCAGCACGAGAUGAGAGACGUGCUGGUGUGGAGUAAUGAGAGGGUCAUCCGCUGGGUGCAGAGCAUAGGCCUGAGGGACUACGCUAACAUCCUGCUGGAGAGCGGCGUGCACGGAGCUCUGGUCGCUCUGGAUGAUAACUUUGACUACACCAGUCUGGCUCUGCUGCUCCAGAUCCCCAACCAAAACACUCAGGCACGUCAGCUUCUGGAGCGGGAGUACAAUAAUCUGCUGGCGCUCGGCACCGACAGGAGACUGGAUGAGUGUGAUGAGAAAGACUUCAGAGGUCCGUCAUGGAGGAGGCAGUUCCCUCCACGAGACAUUCACGGUAUCAGUAUGAUGCCCGGCUCAGCGGAGACGCUCCCUGCUGGAUUCCGUCUCACCGCGACGUCCGGUCACUCCAGAAGACUGCCCCCUGAUGUCGGACCCUCUGCAGUGCAGCGGCUGGACAGCUCCACGGUUCAGUUCUGAUGGAGAUAAACGGGUGAGCCGCUCGACGGGCCAACCUGCCGAGGAACAAACGCACUGCCAAGAAGCCCUGCUCUCGUCCCUAACUCCCCUCCUCCUCCUCCUCCUACCCCUUCCCCUCCCUCCCUCCUUGCUCCCCUAACGUGGGCACCAGGUGCCGGUGCUAAACUGUCCUGCAGGCGUCCCUGUUGUCACCGUUUAUACCUUUUACAUGUACAGUAACUUGUCGACAAAAAAAGCAUAACGUACUGUGUAAUUUCUUCUACAGGAGAUGUGUAGGUUAUCUGUACAUAAAUAUGCCAUUUUUUAAUAUAUACACACAUCUAUGUAUAAAAAGAUAUUCAGAGUUUGUGCAAAAAAAUGUCCCUGCCACCUCAUUUAGUGGACCAUAGAUUAAUAUAUGCUGCUCUUUAAACUGUCUCCAUAUGACCCGCCCCUGGAUCAUUUUGUACAUAUGGUUUUAUUUUUACAUUGUGCUGAUAUGAUGAUGAUGAUGAUGAAACAUACACACACACACACACACACACAGAGAGAGAUGGAUGUUGUGUGAAAACCUGCCCUCUAGUGGUGCACAAAGACCCCCCUCCACCAUCCUCUCUCUCAUGGACUCACCCUGGAGUGUUUCAGGAGGAGGACAAGAGGAACGACAAGACAAGCACUUUGAUACAACCGCCACAACUCAACGGACUCUUCAGUAGCCAAGGACGAAGCAAGAGACGUCUGAAGUUGCACAAAACCCUCCUCCGGGAUGAGCAGGAGAAGCUGUCACCUGUUGUACCGUACGUCUCGUCAGGUUAGGACAACUUACACACUCAGCCGAGCUGGCCUUCUCUCCCCAACCCCCCCGAAAACUCCUCUGACACCGCCGCACCAGAAGAAGAAAUAACUGAAAGACAGACCGCUUUAGCUCAUCGUGUGUAGAGUGUAUAUGACCAUGUUGAAGUGAGGUGACUUUAAAAAGACAAACCUGUUGCUUGCUGUGACUUACACUGGUGUUUCCUGUUGACUCUUUAGUUCCUGUUGGAGUGUCCGGGGCGGGGGCCGCGCCCUGUUCUCUGUCUUCGAGUUAUUUCUGACGGACGACUCAAAACGAAGUCUUACGCUGUUUUGGGUUUUUUUCUGUUUGUUUGUUUUUACAUCUUCAAUUUGCACGAACAAUGAAUCGUUUUAUUUUGGGUCCAUUUUUUUAUUUAUUCUUGUACUUUGGUCAAACUAAGUGGUGAGCAAGCAGAUUUUCAUUGUCAAUAAAAAAAAAACUACUGUCA